AUGUUCGAAGACAGCUAUUUUACCUUCCAUUUCAAGGACGCGGUGGUGGUUGGCGGAUGCACGAGCUGCCAGAUUGGUUGCUGUAAGGCCGUCUUACCGAUGUGGUACUUCGAGCUCAACGCCCUUAUGAGCAAACCUUUGUUCGAAAACUUGAAGACAAAGAAGUUUUCAAACGACUCGAGGCUCAGCUCGGAGGUGUUGGCGCUUGCGGAUACGUUGGAAGCGGGCGAUGGUCGUGAAUACCGUACAGACGUUGGAUCUGUCGGUGAUGCCACACGCACUGCUCGGAGCGAUGUAGCUGCCGAUACGAUAGCUGACUGGUCUUCAGAUUGGAUCCUUGAUGUGCACUCAAGACUCUUCAAGUUCCCUACUGCCAAAGGCAUGGUCGCAGACUUUACGAUCUUUCCCGACAAACCGAUUGCAGACCCAACGUCUCGAACAGCGACAUCCAACCUGCCUUCAGUGCCACGGACAAUACCAGUGACUACGGAGGGCUACAAUGAGGUGUUGCAGCUGCUGUUCCACGAAUACUAUGGCGGAUGUCGUAUUAGGGAGGUGAACACAAUUGGCGUCUACAUCGAAAACACUGUUCAAUAA